UUUGUGGCUUUAAUUCCUUCCUUACCACAUGGCUGAGCUGGCUAUGUAUACACGCCUGCAGUAACACAUUAAAUCAGUUACGAAUUCAUGCAUGUGGUAAGGUUAAGGUUAAAGUAGUAAUGAUAUAAACAACACAAAACUUGUCCAGACCAUUCAGGCUUCUUUAUGUGAGGAGAAGCAAUGAAAUAGUAUUGAUCAACCUUAAGAUGCUGUUCAUGUAACAGUUAUAUAUUUAAUUCAAAAUAAUUAAGACUACUGUAAUAGUGAACAUACUUCUAGCUGAGCUACAUAAUGCCUCUAAAACCCAUAUUGGUGCCAUUAAAAAAUUCAGGAACUGGCAACUACACAUAACUACAACUGAAAAAGGUUUAGGAAACUGGUGAAUGCAGUCACAUGUAAGAUCAUGAACCUUAAGGGACCACAUUGGGUUCACAGUUGAUACAAUAUUGUUUUUAUAACCAGUGUAUGUAUAUACAUAUAUACAGUAUAGUAUUCCCUUAAAUCUUGCAUCCCUCAGAAACUUGUGAAUUGCCGUGGAAACUAAAUCUGAGGCUGCAGGGCGGUGCGCAAGACUAGCAUCAGCUGUCGUAGUGAGCUUAUGGCCACUCAGUGGCACAUGCACUUCCCUGCUCCUAGUGUUGUUUAUGGUCUGCUAUCCUCCCAAUGCUGUUCACCUGCUGGCUUCUUUGCAGCAUUCUGUGUUUCACCGUGCCUCCCAAAUGCCCUGCAAGUGGUUCUAGAAAUGAAACCCCACCUAAGAAGAAAAGGGAAAUGAAAAUGACAUUAAAGAUGAAGGUGUUAGACAAGUUGCAAGAAGGGUGAGGGGGCAGUAAACAUCAUCAUCAUAGCUGUCAUCCACCUUACAUAUGGCAAGGGGAGAGUUGCCAGGGAUCCAGAGGAGUCAACACUACAGUGCAGUACAGAUGCCUGAGGGAGAGGCUUUACAGUGUGUGGAAACAGCUACUGUAUCAGAGAAAGUUGACCCUGACCUAGGGAGUGAGGCCAUAGCACUUGUUCUAAAUGCUGAGGAUGCCAAUAUAGUGUUAAAACAAGAUCCACUUGACCUAACCACUGAGAAUGGCAAUUUAACACAGGAUGGUGAUCCAGAAGUAGUUCUUGGAGAUAACCUCACGUCUAAGGUUGAUUCCUCUCAGAGUGAUUUCAGUGACGCCGUUUGGUCACUUGAUAGCACACCACCAAAGGAUAAAAAGGCUCAGGUUGAGGUGAAAGUAUCCAGCAUGGCAGAAACAAAGCAUAAUAAACAGCAAAAGAAGGACAAGAAGAGAAAAGAUAGGGAUUCUGGUGUCGAGGCUCUCACCGCUGCACUCAAGGCUCUCCCCCCAGAACAGCAGAUGUCCACGUUGCUCUCCAAAUAUGCAGAACUUGCUGAUAACAAUAAACGUUUACAGGGAAGCGUGAAAUCUAUUGAGCGUCAGGUACAAGUACUGCAUAAGGAGAAGGACCAGAUGGAGUCAGAACAUACAAAAGUAAUUCUCACCAAAUCCAGAUUGGAGUCACUGUGCCGGGAACUACAGAGGCAGAACAAAGUCAUAAAGGAUGAAAAUUUGACUCGGCUCCGGGAAGAAGAAGAACGAAGGAAGGAGGUGUCAGCCAAGUUCAACACUACAUUGUCAGAAAUAUCUAACCUGAUGAAAGAGAAUGCAGACAAGAACACCCAGCUGAGAGAUGAAAACCAGGACAUGGCUGGCAGAUUGCAGGAACUCAUUAAGCAAUAUGAAGAGAGGGAGUCACAUGUGGAUAAAAUGCUUAAGCAGAAAGAGCUUCAGUGUCAGCUGUUAGAGGCCAAGAUGGCAAAACAACAAAUUGAAGUGACUGAGGACAAAGAGAAGAUGCUUAUUGAGAAGAAAAAUCUGUUAGAGGAGGUGGCCUCUUACCAGCACAAGACACAACAGAUGUCCAUGAAUGAGAUCAGCCUACGGACACAACUCAACUCUUACAUGGAGAAAUAUGAGGACUUCCAAAAUACCUUAGACAAGUCUAACAAGAUCUUUAAUACUUUCAAGAAAGAAAUGGAUGAGAUGACAAAGAAAAUUAAGAGACUAGAAAAGGAAACUAAGUCAUGGAAGGAACGUUGGGAAGGUGCCAACAAGGCCCUCUUGAAUAUGGUAGGGGAACGAGCAGACUUAGAGAAGCGGCUUGAUACACAGAUGAAACAAAACGUACAGCUGCAAAACCUUUGCCGGGCACUUCAGCAACAGCUGACUGAACUGAGGAACAAGGAUAAAGCAUCUCAAGCAUCUAAUGAAGAAAAAAAUGCACAAAUACAAGAGAAAGCAGCAAGGAAAGAAAAAAAGGAAGAUAUUGCUGAAAAACCUUUGGAACCUGCAGUAGUAGUUAUAGAGUCAAAACCAGAAGUUGAAGAAGACAUUUCAAGUAGUAAUGUUGAUCAAACCCCAGAGGAGGAAACCAAUAGUAAUCCAACACCUGCAGUAGAGACAAAUGAAGUUCCUGCAGAAGCAAUGGAGGAGGAGAUCUUGGUGAAGGCUGUAGAGGAGGAGGAGGAGCCAUAUGUAUCCAAUAUCGAUGAGGUUGACUAGCACGUUUACAUCUGUGCACGUAGAACUGAACCGUAUAUCGUAACUUACAGUAUAUAUUUAUAUAUACAAUACUGUACUUGUUUUUCAGAUCUGGGCAGUAGCCAUAGAUUAUGAGGUUUAUAGAUCAUAUUAUUUAGGUUUUUAUCACUAUUAAAACAAAACUCUGGGUCUUUGAAAUCCUAUAUAUUAAGAGCUUAUUUUGGAGAUCUGCACCAUGGUUAAUUAAAAAAAUAUCUAUACUUUAUACUCUGCAAAGAAAGCUGUAAUAAAGUGUGAGAGAAGGAUGCAUCUGUUAAACUACUUGUAUAAUAGUACUUUCAAGAGACUUUAACUGAGUUUAUUCAAGAGACUGUAACAGGAUAUUCAAGACUGUAACAGGAUAUUCGACAGACUGUAGCAUAGUACACUCGCUACAGAAAGCAUCUGUAAGGUGGGGUCCGGUGGAUGUCAAAAUGAACACUGACUUCUGUUGUCUCGGUAGGUUUGUCAAAAUCCUUCCGUUGUGUCAUAUUGUCUACCCCAAAAUUUUGUAGGUACAUUUUGUAGCGAGUGCACAUACAUAGUACAUUCAUGAGCCUGUAACAAGAUAAAGCAUUCAACAGACAGUAGCAAAGUACAUUCAACAGACUAAACAGUAAUACAGUACAUACAACAUAUUGCAACAUAAUACAACCAACGGACUAUACCAAGAGCCUUCAUAUUAUUAUAUUUUUCCACAUUGUAGGGAAUGAGGAAGAGCUGUUGAGGAGAACACUUACUAGUCACAUUAAAGCUUUGAAAGUAGCUCAUAGUAGCGAGUUUUGAUUACCGGUUAUCUUUCAUUUGUAUAAUCUCAUUUUAAUGAUUGUGUGUGUUCCUGUUGGUAAUAUGCCUCAGUGCGUGUUUGGCGACAUACUCCAGUGUCCCUAUGUGCUUAUGAUUCCUCUUUACCAGCCCUAUAUUAUGUAGUUCAACCUCUUAACAGUAAUUAGAUAUUGUUUACCUGAUCUGCAAUGCCCCAUGCCAAUAGAGUCUCCAGGCCUCUCUUUAACUUUGUAUUUUAUUCACAUGUUUUGUACAGUACAGUACUUAAGUUAUUUAGAAUGUGGGUCUAUAUUUUCUGGUGUCAUUGGUAGCUAAUGUUCUUCUCAUGAUACAAGUUUUGUUUAGAUUGGAAAAUCUAAAAUGGAAUUGCUGAAACACAUUCUUAGUAUCUGAGUGUUUUGUUUUGGUUCAUACUGUACAUCAUCCCUUGUUGUAGUUUCUAAUGAUAACUGACAAAAUCUGUUUGAUAUUUAUUCUUUCUAUUUUAAUUUCAGAAAAGUUCCAUAAUGAUUCUUUUUAAUAUUUAUUCUUUCUGUCUAGUUAAGAAAAGUACAUUCACGCGCCAAAGUUUCAAUGCACCCUCUACCCCUACUCCUGGCUCGAGGGAAGUCGUGGUCAGGUCUGCAAACCGAACGGUCCCUCUUGUAUAGCGAUGGUAAAUAAAGUGUUGUGAAGUCACUAAAAAAAAUGUAUGGUGCAUAUAUUCUCUCAAAUAUUACGUCAUCAACCGUUAUUCGUACAAUCCAGUGAAGCUUUGAGCUGCCACAUUGCACCACUGAACGAUGGGGGGGGGGGUUUGGUAUGAAGCCAAGGCUACGACUUCCAUCGAGUCGGGGGUAGAGGGUGCAUCGAAAUUAUGGCGCGUGAGUGUACCAUAAUGUGACUUUAUCCUUUGCAUCUUCAGUUAGAAAAAGUAGUACAGUAUGAAAGUUUUACUUUGUGUUGUCAGGAGAAGUAAAGAAACUUACUUUUGUGUUGUUUGCGCUUUUAGUUAGGAUGAGUUGCCUCAAGAAAGACUCGAUAAUGUUGGCCGAAAAGUAUCUUUACGGAGGAGUCCGGUGAAUUUAAAAACGAGUACUGUGACUCCUGCUGUCUCGGCAAGGUUGUCAAAAUCCUUCGUCCGUUGUCAUAUUAUCUAACACAAAAUCGUAACAAUACUUUUUGGAACAUGGGUACGUCUUUGCCAUUACAGGUCAAGUGAGCCUCAGCCUAGUGUAACUUGACCUUUAAAUUUGUGCUCCAGUCCUGAUGGGUCAUAAUGCUAUUGAACCUCAAGACUAUAUGGUUAGAUUAACUGAUGGCUUAGGAGGACUCAGGCCCAUUUGAUCUGAAAUCUUUCUUCACUAUGAGGCAGCUAAUUUUACCCUGGUACAGUAACUCUCCUACUUCCUUACUCUUCCAUGGAUUGAAAAUUUUUUAUAUUCAUAAACCACUUAAGGGCAUUGUCAUCACUGAGUUACGAACAUGAGGAAUGUGUCUCUAGUUAUGAGGGCAUUGUCGUCAUGAAGUACCUUUAGUAUAAAGGCGCUGUUAGGUCAUGUAGUGUCUUGUGGUUGCAGGUUAAAUGAGCCCCUCUGAGUAAGUCCCAACCUAACCUUAACCAUACCAGUGUGUUUAGAGCCCAGUCAGACUAGUGGCACUGGACCCAGAUGAAUAUGCUAUGUUGAGGUCUAUCAGGAUUGAGAUGCAUUUUACCAGUCACCUAGUUUUGUGUACCUUUUAAGUUUAUCUCGUAUCAUUGUUAUUAUUAGUUGUAUCAUCAUUGCUAUUGUUUUUGACUAUCUCAAUUGGAUUUAUUACAGAAGGAAAGCUUGGCUUAUUAAAUGUGGCUACACAUGUUGUGUUGAGUAUUCUUGUGUUUGACUAAUAUUUCCUGCAUCUUUACGGCAGAAAUAUUUACUUGGUGGUAGACCCUUUUAGUUAAUGACACUCAUUUAUUUCAUGACAGUUAAGUUUUGGUGGCUGACUUGCUCAUGGUGGCAGAGUUCUGAGCUAACAACACACUAAGUGGUUAAUCAGGCAUCAACUUCACAUUGCUUUCUCACACCCACAAGCAAAUUAGUAUUCAUAUAGUAGUAUGGUAAUGCAUAUUGUCAUCUAUUUGAUGAUCUUGAUAUCUGUGCCUCUACAGUACAUUAUUUUUAUUGGAUAAUAAAUGUGUUUUUUUAGGAAUAUUAUCAAAAAAAAGUUGGAUAAUUUAUAUUUAUGUUAUUUCUAGCUUGUACAGUUCAAGGGUUUUGUUCCAUUAAUUUACACCCAAUAGUGUUUUUCUUUCUCGUUGUUGGUUUUUGUUGCUGUUGUUGGAAAAUUUAAGCAUUGGUCGUCCCAGUUCUCUCUGUAAGGUACCUGUUCUACUUUUCUGUGUUUAUAUCUUUAUUUCAGUUGCUUUGGUAACCUUCUUUCCUCUCUUGUAAAUUUUUUAUAUGCUGCGUGUGUGUUUGCUCUUUGAUUCUGCAUUGAGUGGGAAACGGCUUGAAAUAGGAAAGAAAUGAGUUUUAUAUCUUGCAAACCUAUGGCUGCUAGUUGUGUUUCAUGAUAGUCGUGGUGGGUAGGUUCUUGGCACGUGCUGUGGAGUUUGGAGAUGUGUUGUGACAUUGAAUGCUUAGGCCGUGUAUUGUACUGCUCUCACUCUUUAUUUUGUUAAGUUUAAUGUGUAAUGUUUCAUUUGGUUUACAAUAAGCCUAAAUUAUUACUUAAGUUAUUGUAAGUACCAUGUGGCCUUACUACAUUUUUAAUUAUCAUUUUAUGACCUGGUAAUAUAUUCCCUUUUAUAUUUAGUGUGAAUAGAGUGAUGUGUGAAAGCUGUGGUCCCUUGACAAUAUUAUAUAAUAUAAUGGCUUUUACCCAGUGUAACCUGCUGCUGUCAUGGGAAUGCCAUAAUGUAAGAGAUUUGGUUCUGUGUCACAUGUUGUCAUGAAGAUGGGAGUUGUAUAAUGUAACUUGUUAUGAGGACACCAUAGUCUUGCAAAUGGUACCCUGUGUCACCUGUUGUUAUGGGGAUGUUUUAAUGUAUUACAUGGUACAGUACUCAGCAUCACCUGUUGUUAUGUGGAUGAUGUAAGGUGGUAGGUAGCACCCAGUAGUGUUAGUGGUCACAGGGACAUCACAAUAUAAAGUAUGCAGGAAGAUGCCAAUACAGUGAGGGAGGAACAAGUGGCCAGACAACUUGGAAUGUAAUGAGUAAGCAAGAAUUUUUAUGCAGAGAACAGUUUAUUAGCUGAUUGUAAGCUUUAUUUAUUUUUUUCUCCUGACUUGAUGUAUUGUAUUAGUUUACAGUUUGUGACAUGAAUGAAAAUGGAACUAAUAUGUGUAUGUUUUUGGUGUGUCAAGUUUAGAAUGAUGUAAAUUAACUAUUGCUACAUAGUAAAAGAUGUAAGAUCA